AUCCCAAAAACCCUAUAGACAGAUUCCGAUCCCAACAGUUCACUCAUUCUCAGUUUCAGGCCCCCAUCAAUGGCCGACGAAGAAGAAGACGAAGAGAACAACAACAAUGACAUAGAGACCAUCUCACCAACGUUCCCGAAUAGCCGAGUCAAGAAAAUCAUGAAACUCGACAAAGACAUCAACAAGGUCAACUCGGAGGCCCUAUUCCUCAUCUCGUGCUCCACCGAUCUCUUCCUCCAAUUCCUCGCCGAGAAAUCUGCCCGAGUCGCGAUCGAGAAGAAGCGCAAGACAAUCAAGCUCGAGCAUUUGAGAGUCGCCGUCAAAAGGCACCAGCCGACUAGCGAUUUCCUCCUCGACUCGCUUCCGAUGUCUUCGCAGCCGGCGGAUCGCCCACCUGAGGCCCGGACUCGGUCAGCGGAGAAACCGGUUCCGGCUGGGACUCGGCGGAUCGAUGAUUUCUUUCAGAAGGGUUCUUAGUUUUUUUUCAAUUUUUUUUUUUGUUGCCAAUCUAUGAAAAUUGUACUGGUUUGAUGAUUUAAUUUAGGUUAUUUUGAUGAAGUAUUUGGAUGGUGUAAAAUCAUUAAAAAAGAUAUGCAAUUAAUCGCUGUUUUUGUCGUACUCUCUUAAUUAGGGGCGGGGAGAAGUGGAAAUUUGGGCUCAUUAAUGGUUGUUUUGAUUUGUCACUGUGCGGUGUGAGUUGUUGUAAAUUGAUAUCAGUGGUGAUCAAAAAACAGUGCUUACCCGUUCUUCCCAGUUUGAGCUUAA